AAUGCAAUUGGGCAAGGUUAGGCGUCGACAUUCCACCAGAAGAAUUUUGAAGCUCUAUAUGCAUGUAAAAGAGGAGCAUUAUGCAUCCACAAGUUAAUUUCGGCCCCGGACGGCUCGCUCUCUGCUGUAAUCCACAGAAAAUAAAUCCAGCAAGCUUGAAGACGAUCGGGGGGCAUAUGGGAUUUGGGAAUGGAUCCUGCUGAGGCUUGGGGAGCUUGUGAGUUUCAGCUGUCGAACUGGACUGCUGAGGGACCAGCUGCGGCACAGGUUUGGGCUCCAGCAGCUGUCCUCCCUCACCCUCUGGAUCAGUACGCGUCCAUCGACAUCGACGCGGACAUGGACAUGUUUGGUGCCUGCUGGAGCCUUGAAGCACCUGUGGCUGCAUCUAUGGUAGUCGGGGGGCAUGGGCAGCAACUUGUUGUUAGAGAAGUUGGUACUGGAGUGCGUGAGCCGACAGGAGGGAACACGAACAUCUCCAACGGCAGCCAUGCCAGCGGCAGCAGCGAGAUGUUGGAGCAAAAGCUGAGCGAGUUCAAGGCUGAGAUCAACCUGAUGAAAGAGAAGAUGCAUAGAUACCCUGCAAGCCUUCAAGGUCUCUCUGAAAGCUAUACCGUGCCGCGGUUUGUGGCCAUCGGGCCUUACCACCACGACAAACCCCACCUCAAGCAGGCGGAGAAGGUGAAGGCCAUGGCGGCCAUAUGCUACGUCAAGGAAUGUGGAUACCGGCUGCACGACAUGUAUAGCGCGGUCGUCUCCGUAGCGGACGAUGCCCGCCGCCUCUACGACGAGGAUGCCAUACAAGGUAUCACCUCUGUAGACUUCCAAUGCAUGAUGUUUAUUGAUGCUUGCUUCCUGGUGCAGUACAUGCGCAUGCAGAGCAGCACCCAUGUUGUAAUAGACCCGAGCUUGCACGCUUCCAUGAGGCCUAACCGCAGCGACAUCCUCCACGACGUCCUGCUGCUUGAGAACCAGCUUCCCUGGAAGGUGGUCCAGACGGUCAAGGCGUUCCUUCCCGCGAGGGCCACUCCCACUUCCUUCUUGCCGGUCUUCAUCUCGUCUCUGAGGACCUUUCUGCGGGACCAGAAGCCUGCCGCGAAGGACAAUGUUCCUGUCGACUGGGCUGAAGGCUACAAUCCGCCUCAUCUUCUUGGCCUCCUCCGUUACUACAUCGUAGGAAGAAAACCCAGCUGGGCUCCACAGCCUGAAGAUGGCAACGCCGGCCACCGCACCGAGGGAUCCCGCAGGCUGAAAGCCACAAGCAAAAGAUCAGUCUCGCAUAGUGCCAUCGAGCUUGCCAAGCUGGGCAUCAGGCUCAUACCGACCAAGGAGAAGACGACGGAACUCAUUCACAUGGGCCUCAAUAUGGAAGCAGGCCUCCUCCACGCCGAGUUCUCCCUGCAGCCGCUGUCCCUGAACCGUGACCGCGCGAGCUACCUCGUCAACAUGGCGGCUUUUGAGCUCUGCACUGUACAAAGCUUUGGAGCAGCACCGGACGAAGACUCUGCUGUCUGCUCCUACCUGCUGCUCCUGGCCAUGUUGGCGUACAGGGAGGAGGACGUGCACGAGCUACGGGUGAGGGGUCUCCUGCAGGGAGGAGGUGGGCUCACCAACGAGGACGCGCUCCGCUUCUUCACCAGCCUCCAGGGUCUACGCCUCGGGAAACGCUACCUCCACGUCAUGCAACAGAUCGCGAGGUACCAGGAGAACAGGCCAAAACGGACCAAGUGGAACGAGUUUUGGUAUCACAACAAGAAAAUCGUCACAACAGUUUUUGCCUGCCUUGUUUCACUUGCCGGUAUCACAGGGACACUUGUGUCUAUCAAGAACGCCCUUUAAUUAGCUUACUGUUGUGUAUGCUCGUGAUGUGUGGCAUGUUCUACCUAUCCAUGUUUUGAUGGGUAUUUAUGUCCAUAUAAGAUUUCAAUAAUCACUACCACAUACUUCUUUGCCGAG